AUGGCGAAGGUGGUGCCUGGCGAGUGGCAUGAACCAGCACAUUUCGAGCCUCUUGCAACUGCUUUACGAGCAAAGGAGUACAAGGUCAUCUUGGUCCGGUUACCGAGCCUCCUCUCCUCCAGACCCAACCAGCCUGUAACCGACGCAGUCAUUGAGGACGUUGAGGCUAUCAAGUCCACUGCUGGCCGCGAGCUGAACGAUUAUCCCGACUAUGACAUUGUCAUUCUGACCCAUUCAUAUAGCUCUAUCCCUGGUUCGGCCGCCUGCCAGGAUCUCGACAAGCUCUCACGUCGCGCAGCUGGGUACACGAAUGGCAUUGCGGGAUUGUUGACCAUCUCCGGUUUACUGAUUCCAGCAGGAAUGUCGGUUCUGGACUGCACAGGGGGCCACAUCCCGCCUUCCAUAAAGGUCUGGCAUUCGACUUACUCUGAUGGACGUCAAUACGAAGUCAGCAAGCCAGCCACUCCUCCUGGUGCAAUCGAGCUCUUGUACCACGACCUACCGGUCAGCGCCGCUCAGCGAUGGGCCUCGAUGCUCAAAACGCAUCUUUUCGAGGGCUAUCGGACCCCCGUGUCAUUCGCCGGACACCUUAUGGUCCCAACCUACUAUCUGAUGUGCAAGAAUGAUCUCAUGUUGACUCUGGAGGCGCAGAGGCUCAUCGUGGAAGCGGCAAACAAGGAAAUGCCGGCUGGGAAACAGGUCAGAGUGACGAUGAUGGACUCAGGGCAUUGUCCGUUCUUGAGUCGAUCCGAGGAAACGGCGGAUUGGAUCAGGCGUUGUGCAGGGGAAAUGUUCAAGCGGCUAUAG